AUGCAUUAUUCGGCAUAUUUUAUCAGUCGGAUCGAUCUCGAUGAUUACACUGAACAUACAUUAAAACAAACGGUCGAUAAUGUCGUACCAGGAAGCAAGAUAAAAGGAUUGAAGGUGAAACUAAUCUUUCCCGACGAAGGUCUCAUUGUUGAUAAUAUAAUUGACCCAAAUCAAUCGUGGAUGUACAAAGCAUCGGAAUUAUUAUAUUUUUGGCGGGAUCCAUACUAUUCAAAUAUCAUCGUCGGUGUCACGUCGAAUCGUCUACGUCCGACAGCAACUGGGCCUUAUUCAGCAUCGAUAUUUCGUUUACGUGGCGAUGGUCUAGUACAGUUAUUUUUUCAACGAGCUCAGCAAUUCUUUGGUCAGCAUGUACCGCCAGCAGGUUCAUCAACGAAUAAUUCAAAAGUUUUAAUUGAAAAAUCAACAACAGUUGAUAAUUUACCACCCGAUAAUCAGAAGAAGAAAUCGAAACAUCAUUCAAUGACAAACAAACCAUCUACAUCCAAAUCUGCACGUUCACUUCAAACGACUCCUGUUCGUCAAGGUGCACGAACUGAGUUUGACCCUGCUCGAACAAAAACUAAAACAAGAAACUCGAUCUUUAAUUUGUACGAUAACAAUCGAACUGGCAAUGAAUCAACUCUCUUGCAUGAUUCACGUUCGAAAAGUUCUAAACGACGAAGUACUGAUUUGGAUAAUGAUGAUAAGGUUACUUCGAUCAGUGUUCAUCUCUCAGGUGAACAUGUCGCUGAGCUUAUGCGUGAAUUAAAAGAAUUACGCAAUGAAAUUGCUUCAUUGAAAUUAGAAGCACGAUUUACACCUGUACGUUCGACGAGUACAAGUCCAAUGACUUUAUAUCCUGAAAAUGCACUCAAUUCCAACAAUAGUUUGUCAACAUCUAUGCCUACUCUAGCACCGCAACCAGGUAAUGAGGGAGAGAAAUCGUCUGGCCAAAAUUCAGGUAACCAGCGGUCGCAACCAAAUGAUGUUUCAUUAACAAGUAAACGAAAAAAUGAACAAUCAAAUACGAUUGUCAAUAAACGGCCAUCCUCAAGUAGUUCAAAUAAUAAUGAAUCUGAUAAAGAAGAACCAGCUUUGGUCAACUUUUCUGACACGAACACUUCCCUCGAAGUACUGAAUUCUUCGAAUAAUCGUGAUGAUAAUUCAUCAACGACAUUUCCAUUACGACCGCGUCCUAUCAAAUCUUAUCCACAUAGUUUUUCACAUUUAACCAGUUCAACAUAUAAUCUUUUAUCAAGCACUAAUUCAUCGAAAUCAACUCCGAAUGAUGAUGAUUCAACAUCCAUUACUAUACCAAUCUCAAAAUCAUUAUCAGUCAAACAAACAGAAAUCGUCAGCUUUCGUACGGCAAUAGAAAAUACGGUUGCAUCUCCCGAUCAUACAUAUGAAAAUUUGCCAAUGCCAUCACCUAACGAACCCACGAAACUUCUUCCUGACGCACGAUCUCAAAAUGAAACCGACCAACAACAAAAUAAACAGGAGAUCUAUGUCAAUGCAGUUGUUGAACGUGAUGUCGAUAAUCAACCAACGCCUGAUGUGCAGAAAGGAGUAACAUUGAUCAACACACAUGAACCAACAUUACUCAGCUAUUCACCCUCAUCUCUAAUAAGAGAUACUCUGCCAGUACAAACAACAGAACUACCAUCGAAUAUGUCGCCACGUCCUCAACCACCACUUUUUGCUAAUCGUCUUACAAAUCCGGCGUUCUCUGUCGAUCGACAACUCUUAGCUAAUACCAUUGCAAAUCAAUUUGAUCUUCAUCUCAAUUCACCUUACUUACAAAAACUCAUCGAAAAUCAACAUCUAUUCGUUUCGCAAAAGCGAACAUAUGCGAACAUGAUCUGGCAAAUGACACCCGACGAAGAAAAUGCCAUAUGCACAACACCAGCAAAAACGAUUCCGAAUGUUGUCGACUCCAAUCGACUCGAUCCUAACAAUUCAACAGCCAAAUCAAUCUUAAAGCAACAUAAACAACGAACAAUGCAAAAGAAACAACGCAUUACUUGGGAUAAUAAACUAGAGUAG